GCCUUGCUUGUAGAUGGACGCGUCGGAAUUGGCCCAGCGAUCUGGCUUAGAGGUCGCGUCCGACCAGCGAUUUGCGGGCACCGGCUGAGAAUUGCCGAGGAUCCGAGGGACGGCACCUAAUUUCAGGCGGCCGGGAUUUCAGGCGGCCAAGAGAUCAGGGGCAUCCAAUGAGAGACCCUCCCAUCCACUGAUUUUCAUAGUGGGGAGAACAGAAAAGAAAAGAAAACCCACAAAUGAAAAAAGCUGGAAAAUGGCCUGUGGCCGGAAAUUGCGCCAGCGAACGGCGCCGGAAAGAGCCUUCGCAAUAGUCCCAGCACCAGUUCUGGAACACCAGAAAAUGAGCACCAGAGAACGAGCACCAAAAACAACGACAAAUUAAAAAAAAAAAAAAAAAACACCGACCCACAUCACGUGCGACACAUGGGCAGAAAAAGAAUACGCACCGUGUGUCGGGCCCUUUCCUUCUCUACUCCAAAGAUCAGCCGCGUUUUCGAAAAUGGACAAAAUCCUGCAGUUGUUCUUGAAUGAGCCGGUGUUCCAGAUCGGAUGGCCCUCGGUCGAACGGCCGUUUGGCCUCCACUUGUGGCCGCUUUUUUCGGCCGCUUUUGAAAAGUUCACCGGGUAUCCUGCCGAGAACUUCGAGUUCGUUUACAACGACACGUUCUUGGCCAGCGGCCAGCUGGCCCUCGGCAUGAUAGCCUUGUACUAUGUGGUGAUUUUUGGGGGCCGCUAUGUGACGUCCAAGCUCGGCGUGCCCGUGCUCAAGUUGAACCUCUUGUUCCAGGCUCAUAACUUGGGGUUGACGGUGGUUUCCUUGGUGCUCUUGAUGUUGGUCCUCGAGCAGUUGGUGCCCAUGUUGUACCACCACGGGCUUUUGUACGCCAUCUGCCACCGCGACGCGUUCUCGGCGCCCUUGGUCACCUUGUACUACUUGAACUACUUGACCAAGUACUGGGAGUUGCUCGACACGGUGUUUUUGGUGUUGCGCAAAAAGAAGUUGUUGUUCUUGCACGUGUACCACCACGGCGCCACCGCGUUGUUGUGCUUCACACAGUUGAUGGGCUCCACGUCCAUUGAGUGGGUGCCCAUCACGUUGAACUUGGGUGUGCAUGUGGUCAUGUACUGGUACUACUUCUUGAGCUCGCGGGGCAUCCGUGUGUGGUGGAAGGAGUGGGUCACGCGCUUCCAGAUCAUCCAGUUCGUCUUGGACUUGGGCUUUGUGUACUUUGCCAUGUACACCGAGACUGCCCACAGACACUUCGACUGGUUGCCCAACGUGGGCCACUGCCACGGCAGCAUGAUCUCCGCAUACUGCGGCCUUUUGAUCUUGUCCAGCUACUUGGUCUUGUUCAUCUCGUUCUACAUCCACAUGUACCGCAAGUCCAGCAAGAAGGCCGCGGAGAAGAAGAGGGCGGAUGCUGCAGCGACAGGCAAGGCCUCGGGUGUGGAUGCCUCGUCGGGAAAGGCGCGUUCCAGAAAGGCGUAGAUGCUUCGUGCCAUUUGGAUGAGCUCUGAAACUCACGCUUGUUCGGCAGCCUCACGGUGCAGAGUCUGUGGUCCUGGACACAGGCCGGGCCAGGAGAGGGUACAUAAGUUCCUGUUUAAUUGAGACCAGCGUGAUCUAGAAUGCUGCGUAAUCUUGAACGUAGCUGUAGAUGAGUUUCUGUGCUGGUUCAUGGCAGUCUUUCCAGGUCACCGGGAUGUUGCGCCGGUGGUCCGGGACGAGGGGUUCUUGUGA